AUGGGUUGCGUAGCAAGCUUCGCGGUGUUGGUCCGAUUUCCAUUCCUACAAAAGUUCAGGCAGCCAGACUUUCUUUGGAACACGGUGGAUAUUGCAAUCUGGUCAACAGUCGAACAAGGACUCGCCAUCACUGCUGGAAGUCUGGCAACACUUAAACCCCUGAUCAAAGCCGUCGGUCAUCGCUUCGGCCUAACCAGCAAUCCCACAGCUUCCGGCAACUACAAUCUCUCCUCGUCCCGCAUGUCGCGUUUGACGCCAAAAGCAAAACUUCCCAGUGACACCGUUCGGCAACAGGAUCUUUCCUAUUUCGACCUUGAGUCUGACACGCCUGACUCUAAGGGAGGCGGGAUCAAAGCUGCUUUGCCGGAGGGCUUUACGGUGAAGAAGAAUCGAGAGUCCAAGAACCAAUGA